AGGGUGCCCGCUGUGGCUUGGUUGCUAGGCGGAAGUAGAGUGGCGGAGGCAGCGGUUUGGUUUAAAGCGCGGCCGAGGCGGCAAAGGGCUGUGGGUGGCGGCACCGCGAGCGGAGCUGGGCGCGGCGGAUCUCGCUCUCCGGUGGCAGCAGCUUUGUGCUCUGUCCCCAUAGAGGUUGGAAACGCUGCAUGUGGGGACCCCCCGCCAGGGCCCGAGACUCCCUUCUCCGUAACCGGACUCAGCUCAGACCGGAACACCGCUCGCCCCGGCCUCAGAUCCCGACCCCCACUCACCCCGCAGGCUGCCAGCCUUAGCCCGGAUCCCCGAUUUCACAUACAGCCCCAAAACAGAAAUGGUCUCCAAAUCCGACCAACUGCUCAUCGUUGUCUCCAUCCUGGAAGGACGCCAUUUCCCCAGACGUGCAAAGCAUAUGCUUGUGGUAGAAGCGAAGUUUGAUGGUGAACAGCUAGCUACGGAUCCCGUGGAUCAUGCGGACCAGCCAGAGUUUGCCACUGAAUUGGCUUGGGAGCUUGAUAGGAAAGCACUUCACCAGCACAGGCUACAGCGUACGCCUAUCAAACUCCAGUGUUUUGCUUUGGAUCCUAGAUCUUCAACUAAGGAGAAUAUAGGCUAUAUUGUACUCGAUUUAAGAGCUGCUCAAGAAAAGAAACAAGCACCAAAAUGGUAUCCUUUGCUCAGCAACAAAUAUAUUAAAUUUAAAUCUGAGAUACAGAUAAGUAUAAUGCUGGAAACUGAUACAAAAACACCAGUGGAUGGCUUUAAAGCAAAAGAAGCACCUCCAAGAGAAGGGAAAGUGCCUGCUCUGCUUUCUGGGCUAGAUCCUAAAAACAUUGUAGCAGUCCUGAAUGAGGAAGAAGGCUAUCAUCAAAUUGGACCAGCAGAAUAUUGCAGAGAAUACUUUGUUUUGUCUGUGACUAUAGCAUUUGCCACACAAUUGGAACAGUUAAUUCCUAGUACAAUGAAACUUCCAGAACGACAGCCUGAGUUUUUCUUUUACUAUUCGUUACUCGGAAAUGAUGUAACAAAUGAACCCUUCACUGAUUUAAUCAAUCCAAACUUUGAACCAGAGAGAGCAUCAGUUCGAAUACGCAGUACUGUUGAAGUCCUUCAAGUUUAUUUUUCUGCACAGCCAAAAAUACAGAUCCAUCUUUGCUGUGGGGACCAGUCUCUUGGAAGCACUGAAAUACCACUAACUGGCUUGCUGAAGAAAGGAAAUGUAGAGAUUGAUCAGCAACCUGUGGCAGUUGAAGGGGCAUUCAACCUUGUUCCACCAAAUAGAGCCAAGCAAAAGUUGCCACCAUUGGCCUUAGAUAUGGCUCCUACUGUUGGGGUAUCAGUAACCCUACAAAAGGAAGGCAUAAAUACCCAGUCUUUGCUCCACUUAGACCUUCAAACUGAGCCAGAACACUCGCAGAAAAGAGUUUUGUCUGCCACACGGGAUAAAACAAAGAGCCCAGAGCAAAGAUCUCACAGUGCUCCUUCUGCCCCACUUCAGAAUGGCCAUUCUCCUCCCACAAAAGAUGAAGCAACAGAGAGUGAAGUAGAAAGUCUUCAAUAUGACAGGGGCACAAAACUAAACAAAAAAGGUAGCUUUGAAUGCUCUGGCACCUGUUCCCAGUCCACCCUGGAGCUGCCGUCCGUGUGCUGAGUUACUUCGGGGCAAAAAAUUGCAGUUCCCGCUGCAUCGCAUCAUUUUUGCUUUUUCAAUAGAUUACGGAGUAUUCACACUGAGGUUGGGUUUCCAGUCAAUUGCAUUUUAAGGUACUCAUAUCCAUUUUUUGGUAGUGCGGCACCUAUUAUGACAAACCCUCCUAUAGAAGUGAGAAAAAACAUGGAAGUUUUUCUACCUCAGUCCUAUUGUGCAUUUGAUUUUGCAACUAUGUCUCAUCAGCUACAAGACACCUUCUUCAGGUUACCACUGCUGGUUGUGUGGCACAAAGAUAAAAUGACUAAAGACAUACUUCUGGGAGUUGCCAGGCUGCAGCUUUCAAAAUGUUUUGCUUGGAAAAAAACCCGAUUCUUGGGUACUAAUGGUGAACAAUGUUGGCGUCAGACCUGUAGUGAAACAGUUGGUGUUAUGGCAGCACAAGGGGCAAACAAUAGGAUAGCAGAACUUUCUUACACUGUGACUCUGGAAGAUUAUGGGCUUGUGAAAAUGCAUGAAGUUCUGGUAUCAGAUUCUUCUCAGUGUUCAGGUGCUGGGCAGCAGCAGGUCCCUCCACCUCAGCCUCAUCAUGUCCCAGAAACUGAGCCAGAGCCACGAGAAACUCUUGAAUACAAAGCAGCUCUUGAGUUAGAAAUGUGGAAGGAAAUGCAAGAGGACAUCUUUGAGAACCAGCUAAAAAAGAAGGAGUUGGCUCACAUGCAGGCACUUGCAGAGGAGUGGAAAAAAAGGGAUAAAGAAAGAGAAGCAUUAGUAAAGAAAAAGGUAGCGGAAUAUACGAAUUUGGAAGAGCAACUUCAGAAAACCUUGACAGAUUUAGAGAAGCGUGAACGACAGCUUGUCAGUGCAGAAUCAGAGCUCCAAAGAGUAAAGAGAGAGUUACAAGCACAGCAUGAGCGGAACUUUCAAGAACUGCAGGAUUCUGUGCGGCGAGUCAAAGAAGAAUGUGCACAUCAAGUUGAACUGGAGAGGUCAAAGAUCAAACAGCUGGAAGAGGACAAGGUCCGCCUGCAACAGCAUUUUUAUGAAGCAGAAAACAAGUAUAAGAUUUUGGAAAAGGAGUUCCAGCAGUACAAGGAACAGCAAUGCAGCAAACCAGAAAUCCGGUUACAAUCAGAAAUUAAUCUUCUCACUUUAGAAAAGGUUGAACUUGAAAGAAAGUUGGAAUCAGCUACCAAAUCAAAGCUGCACUACAAGCAACAGUGGGCAAGGGCUCUGAAAGAACUUGCAAGACUAAAACAGCGUGAGCAAGAGAAUGCUAUGGCUCGCCUUAAAAAGCAGCAACAAGAGCUGGAACACAUGAGACUGCGCUAUUUGGCAGCAGAGGAGAAGGAAAUGGGGAAAACAGAGCGAAAAGAGCUGGAGGAUAUUAGAAAUGAACUGAACAGGCUAAAGCAACAAGAAGACAAAAAGCAAUCACAAGAUUCCAGAGAUAUUUCAGUUGAGCAAGUGGGUAGUCUUCAUACUAGACAAUUAAAUGAAAGCUUGGAUGAUUAUCUCACUCGCCUGAUAGAAGAGAGAGAUACGUUGUUGAGAACAGGUGUGUAUAACCAUGAAGACCAUAUAGUAAGUGAACUGGAUCGCCAAAUCAGAGAGGCUCUUGCAAAAAGAAGCAGCAGCAAAUAGUAUAUUUGGAAAAUAUUUUUGUAAGUUAAGUCAGAUACCUUAUGUUUUAGCAUACUAGGAUGAUUAAUUUUACAAACUAAGGCCCUGAUCCUGAAGAGGCUUAGGCACAUGAUAUAUUUUACGCACUUAGGAGACCUUUUGAAGUCCAAUGUAAGUGUUCACAGGAUGUGAAGUUCAGCAGAUGUGUAAGUUUAUGCAGGAUCAGAGCAUAAGGUGUUUUUUGUUUUUGUUUUUUUAACACAUUUUUAUGUUAAAAUAUAUUUAUAUGUAAAUAUACUU